CUGCCAUGUUUGAGACUGAGCAUCAAAUUCGACAAGGAAGGAAGUUGACGACGAGCUGCGCGUACGAGUACAGAAUUGCCUCGGAUUCGGACGUCAAGCUUCAAUUGCUUCUAGGACCCUGGAACCCGGACUUCUCCUCACCCGAGACUCAGGGCAGCGACAGCAGCAGAAGGUGAAUAUGAAGACUGCAACACUACUUCUACAUCCAGACAGACCCAAAAUACAUACUCGGUGAUGUCCUCACCAUCCACGACGUCGGUUCCGACACUCAAGGCACAAGGAAAGUCGAUACAAUUCAGGACAAGCUCCUCCAAGCCUUUCCCGGCUUAUCAUGGAUCCAGUCCAGGACUAUGGGAGUCCGGGAGGCGCACCGUCGGCAGGCUGGGCAAAAGCUUUGCCUGCCGUCCACACGAUUGGAUGUUUUUUUGUUUUCCCAUGGUCAGAGAAAAGAAAACGCAACACGUCGAUAUUUGCUAGCCCCAGAUGGGCCUUCGGAGCUGAUGGUCUACCUGCUCAUUUACCCACCUUUCAUCUGGCCAAACGUGGCUAACAUGCCCCUGCAAGGAAAAGAUCGAUCAAAUAAUCUUGCUCCGAUUGCAUUGCACGAGACGACCCAUGUCCACAGCUGGAAAACCUCCUCCUUUCCCAUUCCUCGGCUACUGCUUACCCACGAGCCUCGUGACCUCCACCGAUCUGCUUCUCACCUCUUUUCUUUUGCUGUUGUUCCUCUUUGCUUUUUAUCUCCAUCUUACUCCCCCAUCUUUUACCAAAAGUUCAAUACCCCGACCGGAGGAAAUUCUGCCUCUGUUUGGUAAUGAGCUAGACGCGAAUAUCUAGGACUAGAUCCCGCAACAAGAAGAUUAAUCCUUUCUACACACUGCUCAUGUCGACGCAUUUUCUCUGAGCUCUACCUUGCAGCUUCUUGCUUCCAGUCACGCGACCAAAGUCGAUUGCAGCAUCUCUCCUCAACCCCCCCAAAGCACCAUGGCGCGCACCAAGGGCGAUACCGAUAGCAACACGUUAGCCCUACUCGGCAAGAAAGAAGUGCUGAAGCGACGUUUCGGAUUCUGGUCACUUUUCGGUUUCGCCGUGUGCGAGUUGAUCACCUGGGAGACGGUACUUGCCUUGUUCAGCCAGGGCUUCAACAAUGGUGGACCAGCGGGACUGGUGUAUGGCUUCAUCAUAGCCUGGUCCUCAACCUUGUCUGUAUAUACCGUGAUUUCUGAGCUCGCAUCCAUGGCGCCCAUCGCUGCCGGCCAGUAUUAUUGGGUGUACAUCCUGGCUCCCGAACGGUACAAGGUAUUUUGCAGCUACAUAAUUGGUUGGCUCACAUCCCUGGCGUGGGUAGCCACCGUUGCGACCGAGACCAUCUUCGCCGGUACUAUGCUCCAGGGCCUUAUAAUCCUUGAUCAUGAAAAUGAUUACGACCCAAAGCGAUGGCAGGGAACACUACUUGCCUGGUUGGUGAUCGUUGUAGCCAUCUUCGUCAACGUUGUCAUCCCAGGAGCACUACCAAAAUUCGAGAUCUUCAUCAUCGUCUUCCACAUUGCCGGUUUCAUUGCAAUUGUGUCGGUCCUGUGGGUUUAUUCCCCUCACAACUCGGCGCACUUUGUCUUCACCACGGCUUUGAACGAAGGCGGUUGGCCAACACAAGGACUGUCCUACUGCGUCGGUUUUCUGGGCAACGUGGCCACGUUUGUCGGGGCGGAUGCCUCCGUACACAUGGCAGAGGAGGUUGCCAACGCGCCCUUGAAUAUCCCCCGAGCCAUUGUGGGCGCAAUGCUCAUCAACGGCGCCGUAGGCUUCACCAUGAUGCUGACGUUGCUCUUCUGUCUGGGUGAUGUGGACUCGGUGCUUAACACUGCGACGGGUUACCCCUUCAUGCAGAUCUUCAAAGACAGCGUCAACAGCACCGCCGGUGCAACGGCGAUGGGCGCCAUUGUCCUUGCACUGACAUGGGCCUGCGCAACCGGUAUCAUCACAACUGCUAGCCGUAUGACUUGGUCCUUUUCCCGUGACAAAGGUACGCCAUUCAGCUCCGUCGUCAGCUACGUUUCGAAGACUCGCAGAAUCCCGACUGUUGCUGUGCUCGUGGUCACCGGCAUAGCCGCGCUCCUUACUCUGAUCUACAUCGGCUCCGACACCGCCUUCAACGAUGUCAUCUCGCUCACCAUAACGGGUUUCUACAGCUCUUAUUUCCUCCCUGCCGCGUUCCUCCUGUACAACCGUGUCAAAGGUCGUAUACAGCCACACAAUCAGCAAACCCCAGGUCUUCCCGUCGAGUCAGACGACAUGAGCGAUGACAAUGCCGUCAAAGUUCCAAUCUCUAACGGGGAUAGUAUCUCCAGCGUCCCGAGGAAGAACGAAGCUGCUGGAGCCGACGACGACGAUAUCAAGAAGACUGCAUAUACUGACGCCGAGUCAUCUACGUACCCUCCAGCGGUGAAUCAGGAUCGCCGCUUUUCCAUCGCCGAGGCCCCGUUGGUCUGGGGCCCUUUCCACCUUCCCGGCUGGUUCGGCAUCAUCAACAAUGCCUAUGCGUGCUUGUACAUGAUCUUUGUAAUCUUCUGGAGUGUGUGGCCCCCUGCGACGCCCGUGAAUUACCAGACGAUGAACUACUCGGUUGUGGUGACGGGCGGGGUCAUCAUUUUCAGCGUUAUUUGGUAUUACAUUCGCGGUCACAAGGAGUACAAAGGACCCAUCGUUGAUGACGAGGUUGCGGCGAUUGUGGUGCGGAGGGGAAGCGUAGGCGGUGUUUGAUCUGCCCAGUAUCUUUAUCUUCGGGAGUACUCGCAUCGCAGUGCGACUCGGUUCCUGCCUUUGCAUGUCAUGUCACGUAUUGCGUAUCUACGGGAUAGGUGACUUGAGAGAGUUCUCGAAGCCAGGUCAAAUGCGAGUACAUUGCAAUGACGCGAAGAUGAUGGCAGAAUGUUUCUUUUGGACAGUCCGAAAAUCUGCCGUAUUAAGUGAUGGAUGUUCAAGAGGAUGAUUCGCACACUUGGAUCCCCGCCUGCGACAAACGCUGAAAUCCAAAAUGCCAAUGGCCAAGUAAAUAUAUACUCGGAACGAGAAUUUCC